AUAAGUAAUGGGCUGGGCUUUCGAAUAGGCCCAUAAGAUGGGCCAUAAUUAAUUCGAUGGAACGACGUCCUUGCGUUUUGGCAGUUGUCUUCUCAACCCAGCUCUGAAUGAACGAAAUGAUUUGCAGUCUAAAAUUCUCAAGGAACAGUCGACAUUCUUGGAAAUGAAAUGGAAAUGGAAAUGGGAAGUGAGCCGGGAAUGUGCUUCGAGUGCCUUCAACAACGCAUUGAAAUUGAUUUCUCCGGGAGACUCACUUUCGUCCACGGUCUCACCUGUUCUCCCCUCCCUUUCGGUUCUAGCGCAGUCGUUCAGGUGUCAAAUUCUGGUGGAGUAGCAUCGCAGCAACAGUUUGUAUUGAAUUAUGUACCUUAUAGUGCAGGGGAUUGCUUUUCCCGAUACAUUGAUGAAUAUUGUGCCCUUGAAGCUGAUAAUUGUAGCACCAGAGAGAACUUGGACUCCUCUUAUGUAAAGAAAGAUGCAACAGAGUUUAGUGAUGAGAUUUUUAGUAAUAAACAUUCCACUUCAGAUGCAAAGAACACUGAAUGUAGACAUUUCAUGAGUGGGGGCAGAAAUACAUACCUUACUAGAUGUGAUUUGUGUAACAUCAGCAGUAUAUUUUCUUGUUCAAGGGCAAUUACUUCAUUGGCACCAACUCCUCAGAUUGGGUGUGCAUCAUAUGAAUUAUUUGAAGAAAUUGCUUCAUAUUUCUCAUCUGGCUUGUUUGAAGAUCACAUUUUGCAUUCAGUAAACCAUUUUAUAGAAGGAAAAUCUGUGGGGCGUGAUAGUAUAAACUUUCUUAGUUUGGUAGGAGUGCCCUCAUUCAAGGAAAAUGGAUUUCCUGGAUGCACAAGGCAUCCAAAUAUUGGCCCCAUUCUGGGAAUGAUGAAGUCAUCCAGUCUAAUUAGUUUAGUAGUUCCAAAGACUCCAUAUACACUUGAAAAUGUCCUACACUAUAGUCCUAGUUUCAUAAAAUCAGAUUGGCAUGUGCGGUUUAUAAUCUACCAGCUACUCUCAGCUCUCUGUUACAUGCAUGGUCUAGGUAUUGCCCAUGGGAAUUUACAUCCAGAAAACAUUUUAUUAACUGAUACAUCUUGGUGUUGGGUGCAACUAGGUAAGAAGCAGUUGCUGAAAUCCAAGAUCACUAAUGAGGCCUAUAAACAUUCAUAUGGUGAUUUUUGUUUUGAAGGCUGUUCCUCUCAUGCCCUUUAUGCUGAUCUACAUCUCUCUCAAUCUGACAAUUGGCAGUCCAGUUUCCAUAAGUGGUGGAAAGGAGAGAUGAGUAAUUUUGAGUAUCUGCUCAUUUUAAAUAGACUAGCAGGGAGAAGGUGGGGUGACCACACAUUUUAUACGGUCAUGCCUUGGGUCAUAGAUUUUAGUACCAAACCUGAUGUCAAUAUUGAUUCUGGGUGGAGAGAUCUAAGUAAGAGCAAGUGGCGCUUGGCAAAAGGUGAUGAGCAGUUGGAUUUCACUUACUCAACAUCUGAAAUCCCUCACCAUGUAUCUGAAGAGUGUCUCUCUGAAUUGGCUGUUUGCAGUUAUAAAGCAAGGAGGCUGCCGCUUAGUGUUUUGCGGAUAGCUGUUCGUUCAGUUUAUGAACCUAAUGAGUAUCCAUCUAAUAUGCAAAGGUUAUAUCAAUGGACUCCAGAUGAGUGCAUUCCUGAGUUUUAUUGUGAUCCAAGCAUAUUUUAUUCUCUACAUCAAGGCAUGCCUAAUUUGGCUGUGCCUUCAUGGGCUGCUACUCCAGAGGCGUUUAUAAAGAUGCAUAGAGAUGCUUUAGAGAGCAACCGGGUUUCAUGCCAAUUACAUCAGUGGAUUGAUAUUACAUUCGGUUACAAAAUGUCUGGUGAUGCUGCUGUUGCUGCUAAGAAUGUAAUGUUGACUUCAUCAACUUCAAAGUUGCCCAGGUCUACCGGGCGACGCCAGCUUUUUACUCAACCUCAUCCUCCACGUCAUAUCAUUACAAAGGAAACUUGUAAGGAGAACACCCAUCAAACUGAAACAAUUUAUUUUGAGGACAAGAAUGCUUUGUAUACCGGAAUGAGUCAUUUAAGUAAACUGGAAGAAGCUAUUUCAUUCUGUGACAAUUCCUGGAACUUAACCCCUAAUUACAUUGUCCAUGCUAGUGCCCAUUUGAAAAGUAAUCAUCAUAAAGAGGACCAUUUGAUCGAUACCUCUGAGAAUGUGCCAUCUAGAGAAACCGAGUGUGGAACGGAAUGUAAGAGGACCACAAUCAUUGAUUCAAGUGAUGUUCUUGAUAAAUUUGAGGUGGAUGAUGAUUCUAUAGGAUAUCAAGAAUUACUGCUUUGGAGGCAAACAUCUUCCUCAGAAAUUUCUUCUGAAAGUACUGCUAAUGACAUAUUUAGUAUUGGCUGUAUUUUAGCAGAACUUGAGCUGGGAAAGCCUCUUUUUGAUCAUGAUUCGUUAGAUUCUUACUUGGAGGAUGGUGUCUUACCAAGCUCAGUGCACGACCUUCCCCAUCAUAUGAGAGUAAUUGUUGAGGCUUGCAUUCAGAAGGAAUGGAAUAGGAAGCCAUCUGCUAAAUGCCUUUUGGAAUCUCCAUAUUUCCCUAAUUCAAUCAAGUCAUCCUACGUGUUUUUGGCUCCGUUUCAUCUUCUGGCAAAAGAGGAAUCACAUCUUCAAUAUGCUGCAACUAUCACAAAACAAGGGGCUCUGAAAAUGAUGGGAGCUUUUGGUGCUGAAAUGUGCGCUUCUUAUUGCUUGCGCCUUGUAGUGAAUUCUGGCUCAGACACUGAAGCAGAUUUGGGUUAUGUAGUCUUGACAGAAUUUCUGAAAUGUCUCAAGUUAGAGGCAGUAAUCAAGCUUGUGCUGCCAUCCAUCCAGAAAAUUUUACAGGCUAUAGAGGAUUCACAUUUGAAGGUUUCUCUUCUCCAAGGCUCAUUUAUGCAGGAGAUGUGGAAUAGGGUAGGUAAGCAAGAAUACUUGGAAAUGAUACAUCCACUUAUAAUAUCAAAUUUGAACAAUGCUCAUCAGAAGAGCUCCACUUCUGCUGCCUCUGUUCUACUUGUUGGAUCUAGUGAAGAGCUUGGUGUGCCUGUUACAGUUCAUCAGACAAUUAUUCCUCUGCUACUCUCUUUUGGGAAAGGGCUAUCAAAUGAUGGAGUUGAUGCAUUGGUUAGGAUUGGUACACUUUAUGGAGAAAAUUUUAUUAUGAAGCAGAUUAUACCCCUGCUACAUAGCAUCAUAGAGACGUGCAUCAGUGCUUCAUUCGUUCAUAAUGCUGAACCCAUUCAGAGUUGGGCCUCUUUGGCCUUGGUAGACUGUCUAACAGCUUUAGAUGGUCUUGUUCCCUCGAUGUCAACCGAGACAAUUGUCAAGGAGCUGAUUGAGGAAAAAAAUUGCCCAUAUGUUCAGAUUCUCAUGCAAAAAGAUAUUGGGAUCUGUUUGCUUCAGAAAGCUGCCAAGAGUCUUGUUAGAGUUUGCCAGCAGAUUGGGCCAGAUUCAACUGUGUUUUAUGUUCUGCCAAAACUAAAGGAGCUGUUCGAUGAGAUUGCUUUCUCUCAAAAAAAUAGUGAUUCUGUAGAUUUAGUUGGGGGCCUAUUAAAAACUAAACUGAAUGCGGUUGAAGAAGAUAGCAUUGUUAACCGCAUGGACUUGGCGUUACUUUUGUAUCCUGAGUUUGCUUCUCUGCUUGGGAUUGAGAAACUUCGUCACUGUUGUGCCACAUGGCUGCUUCUUGAGCAGUUCCUCCUGCGGCAUCAUAAUUGGAAGUGGGUGCAUACAGGAGAUUUCGUGCAAUAUAGUUCAGAGAGUAUGAAUGGAAGAAGAUCCACAUACAACAGGGCCUCGACAUCAGAGAAUGUGCCUGCCCAUUUUUCACCCAAUGGGGUUGGAUGGUCAAGACCACAAUCACAGGGUAAAAAAGGAUCCAAAAGUUUCCUUCCAAGCAAAGUUAUGUCUGAGCAUCAUCAAAACCUUGCAGAUAGGCAUGGAGCAAGUUUAAAUUUAGAGAUGCAGGAGCCUUGGUAUUGGUUCCCCAGUCCUGCAGCUGGCUUGAAUGGGGUUGAUUUUUCUGCCCGUGCUGGUGGUCCAAAGGAUGAUCUACCAUGGAAAAUUAGAGCAACAGUGAUACAAUCCAUCCGUGCACAUCAUGGAGCUCUGAGAUCAUUUGCUGUUUGUCAAAAUGAGUGUACAGUAUUCACAGCUGGAGUUGGCCCAGGAUUCAAAGGAAGCAUUCAGAAAUGGGAAUUGUCAAGAGUUAACUCUAUAUUAGGCUAUAAUGGCCAUGAUGAGGUUGUGAAUGACAUUUGUGUCUUAGCUUCCUCUGCAAGGGUAGCUUCUUGUGAUGGGACAGUACAUAUAUGGAAUGGACAAACUGGAAAAUUUAUUUCUGUGUUUUCAGAGACUUCUUCAGGGUCUACACAAUUCAUUGAAAGAGAUUUAGACCACGUGCUUAAUUUCAAUCCACUACCUGGUGGGAUCCUUAGUACUGCAUUUCAUGGAAAUUCAUAUACUACGAUGAACUACUUGGAAUUCAGUGAUAAGCUUUUGGUGGGGACUGGAAAUGGAUCUCUCAGAUUUAUUGACGUCAAUCAAGGGCAGAAACUACAACUUUGGAGGAGUGAAUCCAUAGAUUCGGGUUUCCCUCCCCUUGUGUCAUCCAUUUGCUCAUCGAGCUCUGCUGAAGUUAAUCCUGAUGAAACUGCAACCUUUCCGUCCUGGAUAGCAACUGCUUUAAGCACUGGCUACUGCAGGCUAUUUGAUAUGCGAAGUGGAAAAAUUAUUGCAUCGUGGCAGGCUCAUGAUGGUUACGUGACGAAGUUAGUUGCCGCUAACAAUCAGCAGCUUGUUUCUAGCUCUCUUGACAAAACUUUGAAGAUUUGGGAUUUGAGAAGGAAUUGGACAGCAGAACAAACAGUUUUCAGAGGUUAUAGCAGUGGAGUUUCAGGUUUCUCAGUGUGGGGGCAAAAUGUAAUCUCAGUAUGCAGAAAUAGAAUUGGACUUUCCUCCCUGAACAGCUCUCCAGAUGAGGAUGGGCAGUAUUCUGUCACCCCUCAGCACCUGUAUACGGCGGAUGGGGAAUCAAAGAACAUGUCUGCAUUGACAGCCAUUAGUAUCCUACCUUUCUCACGGCUGUUUCUGGUAGGAACAGAGGAUGGCCAUUUGAAAAUUUGUUGUUAGUUCUUGGAAAAAAUUUUCCACAUUGAAGAGAAGAAAAAAAAAUGUGUAGACGUGGCUCUUGGAUAUUUACAAGGGAUUGAUUGUCCUUUGUCUGGUGUGUUAUGUAACUAACAAGCAAAUCAUUUGUUAGUAUAGUAUAAACUAUGUUUACCUUAAUUUAUUUGAACAAAAAUAUAAUAUUGCAUUAUUCCUAA